AUGGUCAAGGCGAAGAAGUUGUUACUCAAGUAUGCCAAUGUUUUCUCGUCAAACGAAGCUGAUAUAGGAAAGACUGGCUUAGUUCAACACAAAAUAAACACAGGACAAGAAUUGCCUAUUCGUCAGCGGCCAAGAAGAUUGCCUGUAGCACGUGAAAAGGAAGUGGAAACCAUGAUUGAGGGUAUGGUGAAGGAUGGUGUUAUUGAACCUUCAUCUAGUCCAUGGUGUUCACCUGUGGUGCUGGUAAAGAAGAAGGACGGCAGCAUGCGGUUUAGUGUUGACUACCGCCGCCUGACCGACGUUACGAAGAAGGACAGCUAUCCCUUGCCUAGAAUUGAUGACACGCUGGACAUGCUCACAGGCGUAAAGUGGUUUAGUACGCUGGACCUGAAAAGUGGAUACUGGCAGGUUGAAAUUGACCCUAAGGACAAGGAGAAAACUGCAUUCUCCACAGGAAAGGGUCUGUGGCAAUUUAAAGUCAUGCCGUUUGGAUUGUGCAAUGCUCCAGCAACGUUUGAAAGAUUGAUGGAGCUUGUACUUACCGGGCUAAUUGGAGAUGCCUGUCUGGUCUAUUUGGAUGACAUCAUCAUCGUAGGCCGUACGUUUGAGGAACACCUUCAAAACCUGGAACGCGUGCUCAUGAAGAUCCAGAGUGCCAACCUCAAGUUGAGUCCAAAGAAGUGCUCACUAUUCAAACGGCAAGUUAGUUUUUUGGGGUAUGUAGUGUCGGAAGAAGGUAUCCGCACGGAUCCAGAAAAAAUUGCCGCUGUCAAGGAGUGGCCGGUUCCAAAAGACAAGACACAGGAGCUCAAGAACCGUCUGUGCAAAACACCUAUUUUGGGGUACCCUGAUGCGGACAAGGAAUUCAUAGUUGACACAGACGCAAGUGAUUUAGGACUUGGCGGUGUGUUGUCUCAACGGAAUGGUGAUCAAGAGAUUGUGAUAGCGUACUUCAGCAAGUCGUUGUCAAAGCCGGAAAGGAACCAUUGUGUCACAAGACGGGAAUUGCUUGCUGUGGUUAAGUCCUUGCAGCAUUUUAGCAAAUAUCUUCUAGGGCGGAAAUUCCACUUACGAACUGACCAUGCUGCACUCAAAUGGCUAUUGCAGUUCAAAAAUCCGGAAGGACAAGUUGCGAGAUGGAUUGAACUACUGCAGGAAUACGACUUUGUGAUCGAACAUCGCAGCGGGAAAUCUCAUGGCAAUGCAGAUGCAUUGUCAAGAAGACCUUGCCCUGAAGAUUGCAAGCAUUGUACUAGGCAAGAGGGUAAGGAAGUGGUAUCUGUGAGAAUGCUCAGGACAGACCAGCUCAGCAAUGAGUGGAAGGACAGCCUACAACAUGCACAGCAGGAAGAUUCGGAUAUUAAGCCGAUUCUGGAAUGGAUGAAGGCCAGUGCUCCUAAGCCCAAGUGGAGCGACGUCUCAGCAAUGAGUUCGACCACGAAAAGCUAUUGGGCCCAAUGGGACAGCUUGCUGAUUCAGGAUGGAGUCCCGUGCCGUAAAUGGGAAAAUGGUCGGGGAGACAGAUGUCAUUUGCAAAUGGUUGUCCCUAAGGCUAAAGUACCGGAUGUUCUACAACUGUACCAUAGUAGUUCUUCAGGAGGCCACCUGGGAGUUAAACGAACUCUCCUGAAGAUCCGAGAACGGUUUUACUGGGUCCACUGUCGUGACGAUGUCGAGGACUGGUGCCGCAAAUAUACAAGUUGUGCGGCUGUAAAGGGACCUCAAAUUCGUAGUAGAGGCGCAUUGAAAUUGUACAAUGUUGGUGCACCAUGGGAGAGGAUAGCCAUUGACGUUGCGGGGCCGUUUCCGGAAAGUGAAAGUGGUAACAAGUAUUUCAUGGUUGUGAUGGAUUACUUCACUAAGUGGCCAGAAGUCUUCGCCAUUCCAAAUCAAGAAGCUUCAACAGUUGCAGAUAAACUAGUUCAUGAAGUCUUCUGUCGUUUUGGAGUACCCUUAGAGAUUCACAGCGAUCAAGGAAGGAAUUUCGAGUCUCAAAUAUUCCAGGAAACUUGCAGAGUUAUGGGUACUCAUAAAACACGAACAACAUCUUACCACCCACAAUCUGAUGGAAUGGUAGAACGAUUUAAUCAGACAUUGGAAAGGUACCUGGCAAAAGUUGUGGAAAAACGGCAACGAGACUGGGACAGGCACAUACAACCGUUUUUGUUGUCAUAUCGAAGCGCUGUUCACGAAAGUACAUCAUUGACGCCAGCUUUCGCAAACUUUGGGAGAGAAUUACGGCUGCCUGCAGACCUGAUCACCGGAAUACCACCAGAUGCCCCACGCAGUAUAACCGAUUAUGCAAAUGACUUGCGGAACAAAAUCAAUGACAUUUAUGAGCACGUCAGACAGACGGGCCAGCAAACGUCUGAGAAGAUGAAAACACGGUAUGACCGCAAAAUAAACAACAAGGGGUUUGAUGAAGGUUCUCUAGUGUGGUUACACAAUCCAGUUCGCAGCAAAGGGAAAUCUCCUAAGCUUCAAGCUAAAUGGGACGGACCGUACCGGAUUGUGACAAGGAUCAAUGACGUAACCUACCGGAUACAGAAAGGUGCCAGAGGUACUCCUAAGAUUGUCCAUGUAGAUCGACUGGCGCGUUAUUAUGGGGCCAAUAAUGCUCGGGACGAGCAUGUCUUAGGAGGGGGCAGUGUUGCGCGCCACUAUUAA